AUGUCCACUUCCUCGGAUUCCGAACAUCCUGACCCCGACUCGAGCUCCUCGGGCGAAGAGCUCAUCGUGUACACCGCGGCAUCAAGCCACUCGACACCUCCCGAACGCACCUUACAACUGCGAGAUGAAGAAAAUAGCGUUCCUUGGGACACGCUCACCCCCAUAGUCGACCCCAACUUUCUCUCGUUAAGUCACAACCCUCCACACGCCCUUGCUCUAUCCUCUCUCGAGCUACGUGCUCGACAAUCAAGGGUAAACGUAGAUUCUGAGUCUCUCGCAAAUCCCGUAGAAGUAACCCCCGAACUAGUAGUCAUGACGCGAACCAACCCCUUCUUUACUGCUACCCCCCUCGAAAUCCAGGCUUUUAUGAACCUAUGCGAGCUUCCAUCUGAUUGGUUGUUCAAAGCGCCCUUGCCGGGUAACUCAUAUAACCGACCACCCCAUGGCUAUUACACAUUCUUCGUUGACCAAGUGAUCAGUGGUCUUCGAUUUCCUAUUCGUUCGGACUUGCUCACCCCAAUGGACCAACAUGAUUUUCCUAUUAAUCAACUUGCCCCCAACGGUAUCCGCAUCUUAAUAGGCUACACCAUCCUAAGCCGCUAUCACUUCAAUGAAUUAAACCCCGAAUUCUUUUUCUAUACUUACGGCCUUAAAAAACACCAUGUCGGAUCAUACUAUCUUAGUGCCCGCAAUCGAGCCGAGUACCUUAGAGAGCUAGAUGCUAAGAUCAGCCAUUGGAAAACUCGCUUCUUCUUUGUAAAACCUCCCAACGGCACCUUCUUAUUAUUUGGCACAUGGCCCAAGUACUGUACCGAGCAGAUGGACCCCACGCAUCCAAGCAGGUGA